AUGGAUGAUCUUUUAAUGGAGGAGAGGAUCCUUAUGCAAAACCUGGAGAAAUGGGAUCUUUUGGAGGAGGGUGCUUUAAAGCAGAAAGAAAGAACAAAAUGGAUCAAACUAGGUGAUUCUAAUUCCAAAUAUUUCACAGCAGUGAUCAAGGAAAGGCAGCACAAAAAUAAAAUAGUUGAACUAACCUCUCUGAUAGGAGAUAAAAUCACUGAUCCAACAGGCAUUAAAGAGGAAAUUGUAAACUUCUACAAGGGAUUAAUGGGAACACCUGCACAGAGACUACCAGCAAUUGACAAGAGUAUAAUGGCAAAAGGGGAUAACAAAGCUCCUGGUGUUGAUGGUUUUAAUGUCGAUUUUUUCAAAAAAACAUGGAGCAUCAUCAAAAAUGAAGUCACUGAAGUUGUUACAGAGUUCUUUGCCACAGGGAGCAUAUACAAAGCCAUCAACUCUUCAAGACUCCAGGCUGUUAUCUCUACUGUUAUAAGUAACUCACAAGCUGGAUUUAUCCCAGGAAGAAAACUUGCAGACAAUGUUAUCCUUGCACAUGAAUUGGUCAAAGCAUAUUCCAGAAAACACGCCUCUCCCAGAUGCAUGAUUAAGAUUGAUCUCCAGAAGCUUAUAAUUCUGUUGAGUGGCCUUAUUUAA